UUUUCUUUCUGUCCUGGGGCAAAUGUUAAGCAACACAUUUCAGGGUGUCAGACAGGUCUCUUAAACACUAUAUAAUGAGGAGCAGGUCUGCUUGAACUUCAGCUGAAGACAGUCACGAUGAAUCUCUUGAUCUUGGCUUUGUUUGUUGUUGGUGCCUACGGGUGUGGCAGGCCCACCUUCCCUCCCAUUGUCUCCAGGGUGGUUGGCGGGCAAGAUGUCCGUGAGAACAGCUGGCCCUGGCAGGUGUCUCUGCAGUACCAGAGUGGAGGAAACUUCUACCACACCUGCGGUGGCACCCUGAUCUCCAGCCAGUGGGUCCUCACUGCUGCUCACUGCAUCGGCAGUUUCACCUACAGAGUCUACCUGGGAAAACACAAUCUGAAGAACAAUGAACUUGGUUCCAUCGCCAUCAGCCCUUCCAAGAUCAUCGUCCAUGAGAACUGGGACUCUUACAGAAUCCGUAACGACAUUGCCCUGAUCAAGCUGUCGACUCCUGUUAAAUUGAGUAAUUCCAUCACGCCUGCCUGUCUUCCCGCAUCUGGUGAAAUCCUGCCUAACAACUAUCCCUGCUAUGUCACCGGCUGGGGUCGUCUCUGGACUGGAGGUCCCAUUGCUGACGUCCUGCAGCAGGCCCUCCUUCCUGUGGUUGACUACGCCACCUGCACCAAACCCGACUGGUGGGGCAGCCUGGUCACCAGCAACAUGGUCUGUGCUGGAGGAGAUGGACAGCUUGCCAGCUGCAACGGAGACUCUGGCGGUCCUCUGAACUGUAGGAACUCUGAUGGCUCCUGGGAUGUCCACGGUGUGGUGAGCUUCGGCUCAAGCCUGGGCUGCAACUACCCCAAGAAGCCCUCUGUCUUCACUAGGGUCAGCGCCUACAUCGGUUGGAUCAACAACGUGAUGACCAGCAACUAAGAUGUCAUUGUUUGACUGUUGCACAUGACCAUCAAAUAAAGAAUAUAGUGGCUAAUCCAGCA